AUGGCCAGGACUCGCAGUGCUAGUCGAGAAACAGGCGAACAACCUGUCGACCCCAACGAAGAGGGAUGGAUUCAGACUGGCCGGGAUGGCAAGCACAGACCCGCGAGGAAAACGAGGGUUCGACAGCAAUCCCUCGUUCAGUCUGCAUGGGAUCGGUCUUGCAGCAACACCCGCAACACCCAAGCGUCAGCUUCUAUUCAACCAGCUCCCAAGCGUCUCCCAGUUCCGCCCCGUCCUUUCGUCCUAGUGCCCCAUGUAUCAACCCUCAAGGCCGGCAAGAAAACCAACACAAACGCGAAGGUUUCACGAACCCGGGGCGCAUCCGGUUCCUCGAGCCGCAAGGAGACCUAUGCCACCAUCGCCAACUUACACUCUCCUGACCGUCUCCCAGUUAUUCCUGAGGGUAGCUCCCCCCUCGAGCCGCAACCUGAAUCCUCUGGGACGAAGCAUGACACGAAGCAUGACCGUCGUGAGCUCUCCGCCACCAGCCAAGGCAAGAUGGUCAAUAGCUCUGAGGACGGGGACCAGGCGAAGGCCAUGAAGGCCAAGCAGACGAACCACGGCAAUGAGCAGAGCAAUCGCAACUCCAAGAAGAAGGCUAGGAACGAGGGUCUCAACACAGCAGACGGGAAGGAACCAACAAGCGCGGCUCGACAGGUCUCGGGAAUGCUGUCCAAGGCAGCUCCCACCAAGUUCGCGACCGCUGACUCCCGAGGAGAAGCCCUGAAAAGGGAUGACACUGUUGAUUCCUUUGUUAUACCGUCUUCUCCGACUCCUGGACCAUCUGGCCGUCUUCGCCUCCGAAGUUCACCGCGCCCUGAGAAGCAGCCGUUCCACAGGUACAAGGCAUGGGAUGAUGAAUGGGAGUUAUUUGGCUAUGAGUACCAACGAACCAGGACAGUUCCAGACCACGCCCUCAGUUCAAUGGAGAAGCCAACCGGAGACAUUUUGCAGCUGAAGCUCCCGCCCGCUUCGCGUAUUCCCGGCCCCGAUGAGCCAGUGCACUUUUACUAUGGUCGCCAGUGGCCACAAGGCUAUCAUACUUCCGGCGUUGGCUUUCUGGGCAAGGGAAACCAAGGCGAGAGGAUGGCUGCGCUGCAGAAGUAUAUCACUAUCGUAUCUUGGUACAACUGCGUCUCUCGGCAGCGGGAGCAACUUCCCGAAGGUUACACAGCUCCCCAGGCUCCUAUCAGCAUGACCUUAAUGGACAUUGAAAAGGAUAUAUUCCGCGCAAUUCGUGCUAACUCGACGCUGCUCCUCCAAAUCGAAGCCCCCGAUGGUCGACCGAAGCAUGGCCGCCCAGGUUCCCCUCUCGGCUUUCGCUACUCCAUCCCCACAAGUCGAGGAAAGCCUAAUGGAGGCGAUGCAUGUCAUCAGGCUGGCUACGACGAGGUAGAAGGGAUACACUCCAACGGAGAUGUUGACGAAGGUGGUGAGGAGAUGGCUGAAGUGGUGGAAGAAAUGGAGGUGGAAGAAAUGGAGAUGGACGAAAUGGACGUCGAUGAAGACCAGCCCGACACCCAACCAUACGAUCGCUAUUCCUCACCAAUUACUGGGGACGAGAUCGGUGACCACAACGAGGUUGAGAGCCCUGCCCGGCUGUCCCCGGUCCCUGCUGGAAUGGAUCCCGAUGAUCCUUUCGUGGAGGGUGGUGAAGAAGGGGGGGAGCAACUGGGUGAAGGAGGAGAGGAGCAGGGAGACGAAGACAAGGACGAACAUCACCUGCAAGAGUCGAGUGACGAAGGAUCGAGCUACUCCGAAACCGUCAGGCAACAACGGAGACACAAUCGCAGCAGGCGUAGCAGCCCGAGCGAACCCAGAGGAGACAAUGAGUCAGAAUCAUUGCAGGGUUUAACUGAAUCCAAAGGCAAGGGCAAAGCCCCUGCUAGAGCUCCUUCGCCCAUUCGAAACUUGCGGGAGACCGACAUUGCCCCUGAACGCUACGCCCCGCCGCUACCAGCAUUCAGCCGAGAACAAUCCGCCAGAGAGGUAGCAGCCGAAUGUCGGGAUAUCGUUGAAUACGGCGCAUAUAUCACCGGAAAAUCGCCAGAGGGUUUUUUGGCGCUGAUGGGCUACGACCGUCACCCAGAUUCAAGUCGAAAGCCUCAGCCAUGGAAUAAGUACCGGCAACUGGAGAAACUCACCGCCGAGGAGGAGGGGCGGCCAGUUCCAACCCAAGACGAUAUGAAGGCCGAGUACGAUCGUCUCUACAAAGAACUGUCGAAGCAGGAAAAAGACCAGCUGGUGGCGAAAUGGAACGAGCAAAUCCAGACGAUUUUGAAGAGCCGUCGAACAGACAAUGUGGAGGAUCAGGAGGUGAUGCAUCUCAUCAAGGAAUCUCAGGCGAUGAUGAACAGGAUAUCCAACUCUGGAAAACUGGAAGGCAUUCUCUACGUGCUAGGGGUCGAGUCCGGAUACACCGGUGUCUCUCGCGUUGUUGUUGGCAGCAGCCUCAUGGAGGAACUCCUCGACGACGAUGAUGCCGAUAUUCGCCAAACAAUUGACAGAGCUGCCAUCACAGUAUCUGCGGUGAAGACCGGAGUGAUGGAGGCCUCACAAGCAAAGCUUUCAGAGGUGCUAGGUCUUCGUAAGGCCUCAAGAACAUCAGACGAGGACCCUGUCCCAAAAGCGGCUAAACAAGAGACGAAGUCUAUGAAGCGCCCCGGGGGAUCAACGAAGACAGAACCAUCAACAGACACCCUUUGGGGACUAUUCGAAGAAUCAGCGUGUCGACAGCCAGACAUACCUGAAGAAAUCUACAACCUUCCUCCUCGGAAGCCUGCGAAGGGCAGGGUUGAUUGGAGAAUUCUGAUGUCGGAACCAGUAUUCAACAAGGUUCGGUUUUGGUUGAGGAAACAGGGAGAAAAUGAUCGUGAUUGGGGCGUACGAUACAAACGGUUCUUGGAGCAAGGCCUGUACUGUGUUGCCACAGAUCAAUCUGAACCGCCAGCGACUGGAUUCCACGUAGCGCUUGUCGAUUACCUGGCGAGCAAGAACAAGAUGUUGGAAGGAUACCCUGCGACCUGCCCGGUACCAGGAAGAGACACCAUGGGUGUUGAGCUACAACAUCUCUGGGGGGCCAACGCGUUUGAAGUGGUGGAAGUGAUGUUCGGUAGAAAGGAAGGUUGGAAGAUGAGGAUCGUCGAUAUACCUGAACACCUUCGUCGAAUUGAACGCGAUGAUACCAAUCCCGAAUACUUGAACAUCCCCAUCAUCACUGCCAACGACGCCUCAGGCCGCGUUACCAAGGUCAUGGCUCGAGUCUCAGACGCGAGAUGCUGGUUUAUUCAAGAAGUCUGCAAGGAGGCUGUUAUCCGAAAAUACACUAAUCACCCCGAUUAUCGCGAUCGAUCUCUCCCUAUCAAAGAAAGCCUCAAAAAAUGGCCGGUCAAAUUGUCGAAGUCUGCUCGCAUGAUGAAAAAGGAGGUUAAGCUCGAGGAAAGCGAACACUCAGGACUGGGGAGUCUGGGGCAUGCAACGGAGAGGGAUACCACAGCAGUCGAGUCGUCUGGAGCUCCCAGCGGCGGGGGCGGAGACCACAACCACAAAGAGAACCACGACAUGCCACACGAGUCCGGCCAUACCUUCGGCGCUUCGGACGACGACGACCCACACAAUGACUACCACCCGCCGCGUCAUGACCACAAUGAUCCACACAACGACUACGACGAUUCGCGCAACAAUUACGAAGAUCCACACAACGACUAUGAAGAUCCACACAACGACUACGACGAUUCGCGCAACGACUACGAAGGUCGACGCAACGACUACGAAGGUCGACGCAACGACUACGAAGGUCGACGCAACGACUACGAAGGUCGACGCAACGACUACGAAGGUCGACGCAACGACUACGAAGGUCGACGCAACGUCUACGAAGGUCCACACAACGUCUACGAAGGUCCACACAACGUCUACGACGACGUGCGAGUCAAUUCCUGCAACAGGCGCAGCGAUGGGCAAGAGUCCGACAGACCCGCGAGCUACGGCAAGUGGAGCUUCUGCGAGGACGAGCAGACUUGCGAGCCUGAGGGGGGUAUGCGCAAUUUCGCCCCUCGGCAUGGUGUUGCAUACUCAGCGGCGGGCAAUCGGCCUUACGGAGGCCAGCGUACUCAAGAGCCCCAUGUCCAACUACGCGUAGCUCGUCCGGUUAAUGUCCCCAAUCGAGACGCGCGCCGCCCAGAAGGCCGCUUCCCUACGUCGAACCACCGAGAACAUCGAGAAUACCAAUGUGUGCCCCAUCGUCCUCAAGUGCAGCCCUCCCCUUCCUCUCAUAGCUCACGUCCGCACCCAGCACGCAUGUCGCCUUCCCCACGCAACGUGGUUCGUCCGCCGGGACAGCAGGCCAGUCGCCUUGGUUACGACACAGAGGCAACUGUCGGUCACGUUCUGAAGCUCUUAGGCAUCCAUGGCAAAGGAGCGCCGAAGCGAAAGGCUGGAGGAGAUGACGUGGCAGAAUCUGAGGUUCAAGCACACCAGCGACAACCACUCCAACCUCUUGAUCAAAUCAACCCUUCUCGCAAUAUUGUAGGUAGGGGAUAUACCUCUACUAGUAGAGGAGAACCAUCACGGGGAGGGCCCCUCCAGAAAACUUAUGAAGGCCAGACACCUGCAGACUAUGAACAGCAGGGGCAUCUGAGACCUUCAAAGCGGAUGAGAAUGUGA